GGUAAAAUUAAAUUUGCGUAGGUACGAUACCGUUCCCUUGGAUUCAAGCAAUUAAGACAAAUUUAUCGUUGCAGUUGAUUGAGAGGACUGAAGAUCAGGGAAGAGGACCAAAUAAAAGUAGCGCCUUGUUUGGUUGGAUGGAAUAAGAAUAAUAAGAAGAAGAAGCAAAAGCAGCCAUGGCAAUGGAUGAAGGAAAGCGGAAUGCGGUGGAGAAGUUCUUCUUUGCGACUCUACUUCUCUGGUUAGGCUCCGUUUGUUUUCAGGUUUUGUUGAAUCAGCGGUGGGAGCUUCUCUCCGUCAUAGCAGGUUCAAUCUUCUAUCAGACAUCUAAUAGCAUCAUCCGAUUCUUCUUCUCCGCAGAUAAAGAUCCUCUCUUCGUUAACACUUCCGUUUCUCUUCUCCACUCUCUCCUCACUUCCGCUUCAGUGAUCUUCAUCUUGUUCAGAGAGUUGUUAGGUACUGGGCCAAGUGGAAUGUUUGACCACUCACAGUUGGUUGAACAUACUUGGCCUUGGGCUUUUGAAGCAUUGAGCUUCUCAUGUGGUUACUUUGCGUAUGAUCAGUGGGAUAUGCUUCAUUAUCGCUUGUAUAAUGGUUGGAUCCCCUCUAUCCUUGUGCAUCAUCUGGUUCUUCUUAUUUGUUUCACUCUUGCUUUGUAUCGAAAUGUUACCAUCAACUACCUUAUUCUCACUCUUAUCUGUGAGCUGCAUUCCAUCUUUCUUCAUGUGAGAAAAGUGAGACGAAUGGCCGGUAUUCGGGAUGCAAAGAGCAUUCAUGUUAAGUUAGAAUGGUUUCUGAAUUGGGUCACCUUCUGUGUGGCAAGAUCUGUACCUCACAUUCUCAUCACAGCCAAGCUCAUGAAGGAUGCUCAUAAAUUUCAAAAGGGUGUAGAGCUACCACUGGCUCUGUUGGGCAUGGCUGGGAUGAAUUUGCUCAACAUUGGUCUUGGUAUGGAUCUUCUCAAAGCCUUUAAGAGAGAAAGGAAGUCUCAGCAGCGAAAUCUUCAUGACCACCGUGAAUGACAGAAGAGAAAAAGUACAAUACUGUACUCUUUUUGGUGUAUGUACAAUAAUCUUUAAUCUUCAGCUGAAGUGAAAAACCGGAGGGAAACGGUGCAGAAUGCAUGGAGAGGAUUGUGUAUGAAUAUGUUCAGCCCUUAGUUUUUUAAAUGCAACACAAAUAGAUUAUUUGUAAUUUUCCCUAAAAAUUAUUUUGAAGCAUCAAGCAUGUAUGAGAAUAUGAGAAAUUUAAAUGCUUCCAAUCGAAACGUUUCGGGUUGAAAUAACUUGGAUUUAGACCCACGAGUUUAGCAUAGUAUUACUUUUUUUGUAAUGCUUCUAAUGUUAUGUUUGUCCAGUUUGUUUUGGUGUUUUGGUA